GCUUCUCUUUAAUUUGAACAGAUUUCUCUUAAUUUCUUCAUAUGGAAGAAGACUAUUCCAUUCCCAAUUCGAAGUUUGUGUGGUCAUCCCUCCCCUACUGCUGGGCAAGAACAUGUCUCCGGCUUUUCUGAUGUUAAAAUCACGCUGGUUGCUUUAAAGGAUCUGGUUUAACAUCUGGUCCUACCCCAUGUAUGUCAAAUACGAGGAAACUAAAGCUCAGGGGAGACUGCCUAGUCUAGUAAGGGACAGAGUGAGUAAGAACUACGGGCUUCUGACCCUUCCAAACUCGCUUCCUUCCUUUCCCUUCACAUCCCGAAAGCGAACGAGAUGGCGACACCUCCCGGGCUCCUAGAGCGCAGCCGGAAACUGCCGUAGCGCCAGAGGAUGACCGGCACCCACUUCCGGUCAGCCAUUGUUCCCUUUAUCCUCCCGUGAAUGGAGGGGGUCUUCUAUCCUGUGCCCUGCCCUUUUCUUUCCCUCUCCGUCGAGACCCUGGAGGUCGUUCAAUCGCUGUUCCUUCUUUGUAUUUUCAAUAAACAAAUCUAUCAUCUCUGCAACCCCCAAUGAAGAAAAGAAAAACAAAACCUACAGUUAAGCAAAAACAUUGGUAACACUCUUUCAGAGCCCAGUGAUUUCUGAUAUCUCACCCCAGACCUGAGACAUUCAAGACAAAGUUCUGAGAGUAGACUUUGGCUGAUUGAAUUUUAGCCGCAUCCAGAUUCUGGUGAGAGGCUGUGAUGACAGGAGAGGUAAGGAAAGCCAUAUGUCUAGCUCCUCAGCUCUUGGGUGCCCAAGAGAAGAGGGACAAUGCUUGGGGACCAGGAUCAAGCCUGCAACAGGACAGCCAGCUCAGCUGUGAAGUCUUUAGGCAACACUUUCGGCAGCUGUGUUACCAUGAGACCUCUGGGCCACAGGAGGCCCUGGGCCAACUGCGUGACCUUUGCGGACGGUGGUUGAGGCCAGACAUGAAUACAAAGAUGCAGAUCCUGGAGCUGCUGGUGCUAGAGCAGUUCAUCACCAUUCUGCCUGGGGAAAUCCGUGCCUGGGUGCAGCUACAUCGUCCAGAAAGCGGAGAAGAGGCUGUAGCUAUGGUGGAGGAUUUCCAGAAACAACUUGAUGGGUCAGGACAGAAGGAUUUGGUGACAUUUGAGGGUGUGUCAGCGGACUUUACCGAGAAGGAAUGGAAGGGCUCAGCACCUGCUCAGAGGGCCUUCUUUCGAGAUUUGAUGCUGGAGAAUUAUCGGGAUGUUGUAUCACUGGCAGGGUUUCCAUUUUCUAAACCUACAGGAAUCUCUUGGAGAGAGGAAGAACCAUGGAACCUAAAUCAUCAAGGACCGCUGGACUUGGAAGAUAGGAAAAGCACCUGUACAGAAGGUGAUAAUGUUACUGAGAAUGAGGAGAACACUUCAAAACAAGAAAUUUUUGUUGAAUCAGAAUUACAUAAUAAUUCAUCAGAAAAUCUACAGAAGGAUCUUUGCCAGGGAACUGAAGGUGGAGAAGCCUGUGAAAUGGAAAACAUGUUAGAGCAGCAGCAAGGAACACUCUCACAGGAAAAAAUUAAGAGAAUUGACAGUGAUUUUAUGGAAGUGAUAGUCCAGAAUAAGAAAAUCCCUGUUGAGGAGAGAGAUGAGAAACAUAAAGAAUUUUGGAAAAGUUUUGAUCUUAUCACAAAUACUGUUACACAUGAGAAAGUUCCUAGAGGACAGAAAUCCUAUCAAUGUAAUGAAUGUGGCAAAUACUUCAAUCGGAGCUCACACCUUAUUGGACAUCAGAGAAUUCACACUGGAGAGAAACCUUAUGAAUGUAAUGAAUGUGGGAAAAGUUUCAGACAAACUUCUCAGCUUAUUGUACAUUUGAGAAUCCACACAGGUGAGAAACCCUACGAAUGUAAUGAGUGUGGAAAAGCUUACCGUCACAGCUCACAUCUUAUUCAUCACCAGAGACUCCACAAUGGUGAAAAACCAUACAAAUGUAAUGAGUGUGUGAAAGCCUUCACUCAGAGCUCUCAACUUAUUGAUCAUCAGAGAAUCCAUACUGGUGAGAAACCCUAUGAGUGUAACAUGUGUGGUGAAGCCUUUAGUCGAAGUAAAAGCCUUAUUCGACACCAGAUCCUUCACACUGGGGAGAAACCUUAUAAGUGUAAUGAAUGUGGGAAAGCCUUCUGUUCUAAUAGGAACCUUAUUGAUCAUCAGAGAACUCACACUGGAGAGAAACCUUAUCAGUGUAAUGAGUGUGGCAAGGCUUUUAGCAGGAGCAAAUGCCUUAUUAGACAUCAGAGCCUCCAUACUGGGGAAAAACCUUACAAAUGCAGUGAAUGUGGGAAGACUUUCAGUCAAGGUUCUCAACUUAUUGACCAUGAAAGAAUUCACACUGGGGAAAAACCUUUUGCAUGUAGUGAGUGUGGCAAGGCAUUUAGCCUAAGCAAGAGCCUUAUUCGACAUCAGAGGCUUCAUACUGGAGAGAGACCAUAUAAAUGCAAUGAUUGUGGAAAAUCCUUCAAUCAGAAUUCGCACCUUAUUAUACAUCAGAGAAUUCAUACUGGGGAGAAACCUUAUGAGUGUAAUGAAUGUGGAAAGGUUUUUAGUUAUAGCUCAAGUCUUUUGGUACAUAAGAGAACCCACACUGGGGAGAAGCCUUAUGAAUGUCAUGAAUGUGGAAAAGCUUUUAGUGACAGCUCACAACUAAUUGUACAUCAGAGGAUACAUACUGGGGAGAAGCCCUAUGAAUGUAAAGAAUGUGGAAAAGCUUUCAGUCAGCGUUCAACUUUUAACCAUCAUCAGAGAAUUCACUCUGGAGAGAAACACUCAGCAUUGGUCCACUCAGUCUUUUAGGUUGUGGUGUUAAUGAUGAAGGGCAAUGGAAGAUUUAAAUUUUAUGUGAAAAUAUCUCACCCCGGUUUUCAAAUAAACACUCUAAUCCUAUUUGAUACAAAAAUCUAUUUUGCUUUUGUUUCACUGAGAGAUCAGAUGUGAGAAUAUAGAUGGCUUGGUCACACUAGUGGAAAAUGGACAACACAUUAACUUUGUUGCUUUGUAAAUAUUUUAAAUGCAUUAUUUAUUUCUGUUUUACCUCACCAAACACAUUUUAAGUUCUGGAAGACAAAUCUUCCUUUAUUAAGGCUGCUUUCCUUUACUGCCUACAUCAACCACUUGCUUGAUUUACUUUGAUGUGUCUUUUUGGUUAUAUGAUCUUUUUUCUCCAUUUCUCCACUUUUUUAGGCCAAACAUUUAGUAUUCUUAACUAGACUUUAUUAGAAUUAGUGAUCCCUGAAGGUGGGCCUACCACCUGUAUCAGACAAUGAGCUGCCCAAGAAUUGGGAUAAAAUCUCCUUUCCCUUCCUCCUCUGGAGUACUUACUCUUUUCCUCUUUUCAUUCCCUGCCCUUCAAGUUCUUUCAUAUGAAACCCCAAACCUAUAUUCUGAUAUAAGCAGCCUCUAUUUCCUUUCUCACACUGAAGGGUCUUCAGUGUGUUUUUUAAGUCUGUGCUUUAUAUUUUGUGUCAAUACAUUAGAGAUCUUUGUUUUUGUCUGUAUUGUCCACAGAUUGCAAUUCACCUGAAAUUUAAUAAAUAUGUCUUUGAGAAUUUUGUGAUGAUCAGACUUGCCCAAGAACACACAGCCAGUGUCAAGAGGCAAGAUUUGAACCAGGUCCUCCUGACCCCAAGUCCAACACUGCCCAAUGUACCAUGCUUCUCAUAUGACCUAAUACAUGUUGAUAACUUGCCGUGUGAUUAAUUAUACUUUCUUACCACAGAUGGAAUGUAGAUUCUUUGAUGGUAGAGAUGGCCUUUUUUUUUUUAUCAUACUAAGACAAUGAUUGACAAUAAACAUUUUAAUAUUAA